AUGCGUCCAAAUUAUCCUCUCAAGUCUCGUGUCACUGUUAGAAAGGAAAUCAUGGAGUGUUAUUCGGCUGAAAGAGAUAAGUUGUAUGAACACUUCAAAACCAUUCAAAGCCGGUUUAGUGCAACGAUGGAUAUGUGGACAUCCAACCAGAAUAAGGGUUAUAUGUGUGUCACCCUUCAUUGGGUUGAUGAUGAUUGGAAAAUUCAGAAGAGGAUUAUCAAUUUCCUCCAUGUUGAAGGGCGACACACCGGUGAGAGGUUGUCUUAUACGGUUAGUUCUUGUCUUUUAAAAUGGUAUGUUGAGAAAAAGAUGUUCUCUUUGACUUUGGAUAAUGCUUCUGCAAAUGAGGUUGCUGUUAAGGAUCUAAUUAUAGAGCUCAAGAAGCAUAGCAAUUUAGUAUGUGAUGGGCUAUUUUUUCAUGUGAGAUGUGCUAAUCACAUCAUGAAUUUGGUUGUUAGAGAUGGUAUGCGUGUGAUUUCUGAUGUAACUGAAAAGAUUAGGGCAUUUGUACUUGCUGUUAAGGGGUCUACAUUACAGUGGGAGGAGUUCCAAAAGUGUGCUGUUGAAUGUGGGACUGCUUUUGCGAGGUUGACUUCCAUUGACCGCCACAGGUAUGGUAGUAUUGCUCCUUCAUAUCAUGAAUGGGAUAAGGCACAAAUUUUGAUUCCCUUCUUGAAAAAAUUCUUUGAGCUUACUGAGAUAUUCUCUGGUACUACCUAUCCAACGGCGAACCUAUUUUUUAGAGGCUUUUGUGAGAUUAAGAUAUUGCUAGCUGAUUGGUGCAUUAGUAAGGAUACCACUAUUUGUGGAAUGGCAAAUGCUAUGAGUGUCAAGUUUGAUAAGUACUGGAAGAAGUCUAAUAUUGCACUUGCUGUAGCAAAUGUUCUUGAUCCUAGGUUCAAGAGAAGAAUUGUAGAAUUUUACUUGCGAAAGUUCUAUAAUAAUUCCUACCAAGCUGAACUUGAAAAAUUCAAUGGUAUCCUAAGGAAGAUGUUUCAAUGCUAUGUUUCUGCUGCACCUUCUUCUUCAAAGAGCAAUAAAGAAGAUGAAGAACCAUUGGCAGAUCUAUUUAUGGGAAGCAACAACAUAGAUGAUGAGCUUGAUAACUACCUAUUUGAAAGUGACUCAUAUGAUGCUGAUGGAGAGUUCAGUGAAUUGGAAAGGUACUUAGCAGAACCACCAUUGAAGACCACUAAAGCCAACCAGAACAUGUUUGACAUUUUAGCAUGGUGGAAAUCUCAUAAGGAAGAGUAUCCUGUCCUGUCCCGACUUACUCGUGAUGUGUUGACAAUUCAAGUUUCAACCGUUGCAUCUGAAUCUGCAUUUAGUGCUGGUGGUCGUGUCAUUGAUCCAUAUCGCAGCCGACUUGAUCCUGACAUGGUACAAGCUCUUGUUUGCACUAAGGACUGGAUAAUAGCUACUAGAAAAGGUUCUAAGAAUGUUUCUUCGCUGCCUGGUGACCUUGAUGUUCUUGAAGCCAUUAAGAAUAAUCUAAUGUUUGAGGAUGAAUUCUCAGAAAUGGGACGUGAUGACGAUGUGGCAAUUGAUAAUGAUGAUUUGCCUGAGAUUCAGUUGUAG